AUGUUUACGGAAGGGGCAACUAUAUUGGAGCGGUAUUCUUUAGCGAAAGAAGCUGGUUUCAAAGCCGUAGAAACCGGUUUCCCUUUUGGUCAUACGUUGGAGCAAGUGAAACGGGCAAAAGAGAGUUCUGGUGUAGAGCAGGUUUUGAUUAACCUCAAAACCGGUGAUGUAAGUAAGGGCGAACUAGGUGUGACGGCGAUACCUGGUAGAGAGAAUGAUUUCAGGGAAGACCUUAAAGUCACAAUAGAUUAUGCAAAAGCUCUUGGUGCUAAAAAGAUACAUAUAAUGGCGGGAAAGUUAGAAAAUGCUACACCAAGAAAUUGGGAGACAUAUGAGAAUAAUUUAAAAUAUGCAGCUGUAGCCUUGAAACAAGUUAACCUUUUAGGUGUGAUAGAACCCAUAAAUCAACAUUCUGUGCCUAAAUACUUUCUAAGUGAUUAUGAAAAAGCUGUGGACAUAAUAAAGAGAAUUGAUAGCACACACUUGAAGCUUCAGCUGGAUAUAUUUCAUCUCCAACACAUCUGUGGGGAUUUGUCAUAUAACAUCAAAAGUCUUAUGCCUUACGUAGGGCAUGUACAGAUUGCUCAAGUACCACAUCGAAAUGAACCUGAUACUCCAGGAGAAAUCAACUACAAGUAUAUACUAGAAAACUUAGAAUCUAACGGCUACCAUGACUGGAUAGGCUUAGAAUACAAACCAAUAGGCAAUAGCAAAGAUGGACUUAAAUGGAUUAUAAACUUUGGCUAUACUUUG